AUGUGGCAAGUAGUUUUAAUUCUAUUUCUUUUGACACAAGUAUUUUGCGUUUGGGGUAAAAUAAACCCUUUGGUGGGCGUUCUAGAAAAAGUAGUACUUUCCGUCACGCCAAAAUGUUUGCUUCAGUUUGAAGAAUUGUUUGCUAAUUUUAGUUUAAACCCAAAUUCGAUAGCACUACAAAUGGUAGAUGCUACUGCAAAAAUUCCUUCGGGAAUACUAUCUUUAAAUAUCAACGCUUUAGGCGAUUUUGAUCAGUGUAUAAAAAUUAAAACCAAUACGAGUGCAGGAUUCCUGUUAGGAAAAUAUUGUUUAGGACUUUUUGUACUUAAAAAUGAUACAAAGUUAAAGACACUUGUGACAGAUGGUCCCGAGGCUAAUUUUUUCACUGGUAAUGGCGUAGUAACCAAAAUGCCGCUUUGGGCCCUAUGCUUACCAAAUGGGUGUACUUCUGACGAUGCUAAUGUCGUCGGAAACGCUUUUCUCAGUAUGAUACUAAAAGAUAAAGGAGUUGCAGUAAAUUUUUCUGAAACGUCUUGUCAAACAAUCCAUGAGGCUUUCCCGCAACUUACCACUAAAGCAAUUAUAACAAUUAUUGUUUUAGCAAUUUUAAUAUGUAUUAUCCUGGUAGCAACUGUGUACGACCUCUAUUGCACUUUCUGGAGUAAAAGAGUGUGUCCACAGUUAACUCAAGGCUUUUCUGUCUUCACAAAUGGUCAAAAAUUUUUUAAAACUAGUCCACCUACAGCUGACCAAAUGCCAUGUCUUAAUGGUCUAAGAUGUAUUAGUAUGCUAUGGGUGGUGUACCUCCAUCAUUAUCAAAUCCUAAUGAAUGAUAUUCUUACAAAUUCAAAACACAUAGUAGAGUGGUCCGAUUCUCUCAACAGCAUGUUUGUAUCAAGUGGAACUUUAUCAGUAGACACGUUUCUCACAAUCAGCGGCGUUUUGAUGUCUUAUGGUUUUAUUAAAUCAAAAACAAAAAAAAUUCGUUUCAAUUUAUGCUUCUAUUAUCUUCACAGAUAUUUAAGAUUAACAGCACCACUUGCUGUGGUUAUAUUUGUGUUAAAAAAUCUGUACAAUUAUUUAGGCAAUGGGCCAAAAAUGCCUAUCCUGCAUGAAAUAUUUCAAAAACCUUGCGAAAAAUAUUGGUGGACAACACUUCUCUACGUGCAGAACUACGUCAAUGUUUCAGAAAUGUGUCUUGAGGAAACCUGGUAUCUUAGUAUCGACUUCCAACUUUAUGUAAUAUCACCAAUAAUAUUUUUUGCUUUGUGGAAAUAUCCAAAAAUGUGUAUUGCGACUUUGUGUGGUUGUAUUAUCGCUAUCAUGGGAGCAUCUUUUUACUCAGCAUGGGAAAACCACUUAACAGCACUUGUAGCAAAUCUUUAUGGCAAUUUUAAGGAAUAUACACACAAAUACUAUUUCUUAACACAUUUGAGAGCCUCUCCGUGGAUCAUCGGAAUAAUUUUAGGUUACUAUUUAUUUAAAAUAAAACAAAAUAACACCCAAAUAAAAAUCAAUAAAUUUAUUGUUUGUAUCACGUGGGUGAUAUGCAUUGGAGCAAUGUUAGGUUGUGUUUUGGGAGGGCAUAGUACUCUUAGAACUAAAGAAUACGACAGCUGGGGAAAUGCUCUUUAUAUAACAUUCAUACGACCGGUGUGGUCGGUGGCUAUUUCUUGGAUUAUUUUUGCCUGCACCGUCGAUUAUGGAGGCCCAGUCAACUGGUUCCUUUCAUUACCAAUAUAUCAAGUUUUAAACAAAUUUACAUACUCUAUGUAUCUAGUACACGUGGUUGUGCUUAGUGUAAUUGUUGGUAACAGAAAAUAUCCCGACCAUUUUAGUAAACUCAACAUGAUGUACGAAUACGCGGGAACAGUAUGUUUUAGUAUUGUUUUUGCACUGAUUUUGGUUUUUAUGGUCGAAUAUCCAAUGAUAGCAAUAGAAAAAUUUUUGAGAGAUAAAUUUGUCAAGAUAAGGAAGUUACCAAAGGUGGAUACAGAAGUUAGCAUGCAUGAAAAAUUAGAUGACUCCGUGUCAAUAUCUUCCUUCGAAAGACCUACUCUGUUUCUUAAAUAAUUGUUUUCGUUUGAUAUUGAAAUAAAGUGAUAAAAAUA